AUGGAGCCCAUCAAGAACGGCAGCUUCUCCUACUCGCCCACCGACGGCUUCCUCAACAACGGCGUCCCGCGCGCCGACAAAAAGACGCUGCGCCAAUACCUUCACCCCGUGCGGCCGUACCGCCAGCAGCAGACAUGGGCGCCGCCCAAGGUCACGGGGAAGUGGUGCAAAGCGCAAUUGGCACACUAUGGGGUCAAGCCGCUGAUGGGGAGUAGGGCGGAGCUGGAGGCGAGACUGAGGGCCGCGCAUGCGGCGGGGUUGCUGGCGAAGCAGCCGGCGGAGGUGAAGGUGAUGGAGAAGUAUAUGAGGAAGGAGUGGAGGGCGGGGUGUGAGGAGUGGGCGAGAAGGGUGAAGAGUGAGAAGAAGGAUGAAGGUGAUGGCAGUGGUGUCCCGGUGAAAUUUGAGGUUGGUGCUGCCGCCGAUGUCAAGAACGAAUCGAGUAUGGACGGUGCCGGUGGUCUGCAGUUAGAUGGGGAGGUGCCAAUGGUAGAUGUUAAGAAGGAGAGGAAACGGACAAACACGACUGCGUUCUCGAAGAAGCAUGUUUUGGGGACGUGGGAUGUGUCCUGCCCUGAUAUUCAAGCAAACUGGGCACGGACCGAGAGUCUCACCAUUCUACUCUUUCAGGACAUCGAGUCGAACAGUGUCGUCGGCGAGAUGAUAUUCGGUGCCAUGGAGGGUGUUCUGAAGUUGAGAACGAAUCCGUCAACUAGGAAUCCGCGUGUGGGGUUUGACUGGGCUGGAGUUGCCGGGGAUGGGGGGGCCCAGGCAGCGGAGAAGGAAGGUGAGAUUAGGUUUUAUAAUCGCGGUGAAAGGGCGCAUGGGCGUUUUCAGUGUAUCGAAGGGGUUGGGAGAGGUGUGGAAUUCGAAGCUGUGAAGGUGAGGGAAUUGCCAAUUAGAGGGAAGGUAGAUUUUUUAAGGUAUGCUGCGCCUGCAGGAAGUAUUCCUGAGGCUAGUACUAAAGAAAAGUGA